AUGCACCUGCUGCUGCUGGGCCUCUCCCCGCUCUGGCUCCUGGUGUGUGGGCAGAACGACACCGAGCCCAUCGUGCUGGAGGGGAAGUGCCUGGUGGUGUGCGACUCCACUCCUUCCGCGGAGCCAGGAGGGGGCGCUCUGGGCAUGUCCGUGCGCUCGGGCACCGGCAGAGUGGCCUUCUCCGCGCUCCGCAGCACCAACCACGAGCCCAGCGAGAUGAGCAACCGCACCAUGACCAUCUACUUCGACCAGAUCCUGGUGAACGUGGGCAGCCAUUUUGACCCAGCGCGGAGCAUCUUCGUGGCUCCGAGACGAGGCGUGUACAGCUUCAGCUUCCACGUGGUGAAGGUCUACAACAGACAGACCAUACAUGUGAGUCUGCUUCUGAACAACUGGCCGGUGAUCUCAGCCUUUGCCGGGGACCAGGACGUGACCAGGGAGGCAGCCACCAACUCAGGCCUGGUGCUGAUGGAACGAGGGGACAAGGCCAACCUGAAGCUGGAGCGAGGGAACUUGAUGGGCGGCUGGAAGUACUCCACCUUCUCUGGAUUCAUGGUCUUUCCUCUGUAG